CGGUUUAACACUGGAGAUAGAGCGGUUGCAGAUUGUGACGUCAUUAGGAGGCGCCGUUUAGAGGAUUCUGGAAGUGACAAGUGCGAAGUUUCCCAGGACGAUCACUGACAUUGUCCCCAGCAGCCGAGAGUGUGACCGUCCUAGAGGUCAGCAUGCCCCGCGGUAGCCGCAGCGUUCCCUCCCGCACAGCGCCCAGCCCUGCUCCUUCCCAUGCCCCGGCUCCGGCACAUCCGCCACCUUCUGCUGUAUCCACAGCUCCUGCCCCAUCCCAGGGGCCUGGAUUAAUGGCUCAGAUGGCUACUACAGUAGCUGGAGUGGCAGCGGGCUCAGCAGUAGGACAUGUCCUUGGUGGUGCCCUCACUGGUGCUUUUAGUGGAGGCAGCUCUGAGCCGGCAAAACCAGCUGUACAGGAGCCUCCAAAGCCCCCUGCUUUCUCCCAGCAGCCUCAGUCACAAUAUGGCCCCUGCCACUAUGAAAUGAAGCAGUUCUUGGACUGUGCUACCACACAGAGUGACCUUACUCUGUGCGAAGGAUUUAGUGAAGCAUUAAAGCAAUGCAAAUACAACUAUGGUGUCUCAUCUCUUUUGUGACAUAUUUUGGUUGCCCAGCUGGACAAGCAUACCUAGGAGAAGCCACUUUUACAGUGACAACGCGUUUCGGUUAUCUUCUGUUACUAUAAUAUCUUCAAAUAGAGUAAUGAAUAAAUCUAGAUGUAUUUAUAUUUAA